ACUACCUUUUUGGUAAUUCACUCUACUUGGCUCGUCUUCUCCCUCGGAAAACCCCUUCCUAAACCCUAAUUCCCUCCAGUAAAUCCAUGGCGACGCCAGCCUCAGAGAAGCCAACCAGGCAUAAGCGCAGGAGCAGCGCCAUGAAACCUAAAGCUAAGCGCCAGCGAGCCGAAGGAAACACCGAGCCGGCAGCUGAAACCGAAGUUGAGAACGCAUUCAAAGACGACACUGAUCUUUGCGACCAACUCAUGUCCCGCUACUCGACCUCCACGGCUCCACACCACCGGCACUUACUAGCCACCGCCGCGGCGUUUCGGUCCAUCCUUUCCGCGGAGUCCCGGGACCUCACUCCCACGGCUUACUUUCUGGCGGGAAUGGAGAAUCUAUCGGAUUCCGAGGCUCUUGAUUCCACUGCCGUUGCCGCGCUCUCGACCUUGGUUUCGAUAGCGACGCCUUUGAUUCCGGAGAAAGGGAUGGCGAAUGACAGGGCGACGGAGUCUGUUGCAGUGCUGGUGGGAGCAGUUUUGGGGAGGGAGGAGGCAUUGGGCGUGUCGACUUUGAGUGGUGUGGUGAAGUGUUUGGGUGUUCUGACUGCCAAGUUUUGCGAUUUGGAAGAUUGGAACUCGGUUAAGCAAGGGGUUGAGACUUUGCUAAAGUUAUCAGUUGAUAAGCGUCCUAAGUUGCGACGGGCAGCUCAAGAAUGUCUCGUCGAGGUUCUGAAAUCGUUCAGUUCUUCUGAUACUAUUAAGGAGGCAAGCAAGUUGGUGCUUUCUUUGCUCAAAAGUUACACUCCCCUGGCAGUUUCCUUAAAUGAGUCGGAAACUGUGGAUGCGUCUAAUGCUGAAGCUUCUUUGAAUUCUAAACAUCUGGAGCUUCUUCAUGUGCUAAAUCUGCUGAAGGCUACUAUUCCACAUCUCUCCGUCAAGAUCGGUUGUAAAAUUUUGGCAGAACUGGUCAAACUUAUGGCAUCCUGUUUUUUGCCGCAUACAAGAAAUGUUUUCCAAAUUGCUGAAGUAUUUCUCACAACAUCAACAAAUGAAGUUAUUGGUCCCCAUGUUGAAGACAUUGCAAACUCUCUUGCUUCAUAUGUAUUGUCGGAGGAGAAGAAUCCUGUGGACACAGUAUUUUCUGCCGCUAGGUUGUUGAAAGUUGUUUUGGAUAAGCUUCAGGCCAGAGGAUCGUGCUCGUGGAUGAAAACCUUUCCUACAAUUUUGGGUCGCUUGACAGGUCUUCUAUCUUUGGAGGGUGACAUAGCAUCACAAGCUACUGAUAUCAUAAAGGAGUUGAUAAAUCAAUGUAUUGAUGUUAAAGUUCUCCUGGCCAACAAGGGAAAAUCAUUUGAUGAAGUAAGGGAAGGGAGCCAGGAGGUUGACAUGAUAAAAGCAACAUGUCAUGUCUUUGAAUUGGCUCUAAGUUCAUGUACAGGGGUGCCAAAUGAGCAGAUUUUGUCAGUAAUAUCAGUUUUGUUCCAAAGGCUCGGGGAGUUCUCUUUUAUCUUCAUGGAGGGCUUUGUGGUUAAACUUGCCGACUUUAUAAACCAUGCUAAUCCAGAUUCUCCAGAGACAACUUAUAGUUGUCUUGGUUCUGCUGUUGUUGCCCUGGGUCCGGAGAAGAUACUUGGACUUAUACCUAUCUGCUUCGAUGCUAACAGUUUAACCUGUUCAAACACCUGGUUGGUACCCAUUCUAAAAGAUCAUGUUGUUGGUGCAUCACUAGAAUUUUAUGUGGAGCAUAUAGUGCCUCUUGCAAAGACGCUACAGCGAGCCAGUCGUAAAGUAUUAAAAAUUUCUGUAGAGAGAAAACUGCUAGGGCACGUUUGCAUGGCUAUUUAAUAUCUCAAGUUUCCUUUUUGCUGAUCGGUGGGAUAACUUGAGCUUGCAGUGAAAAAAUCAGUACUCCGUGAAGAACUACAGGCUCUUUCACAGAGACUCUUGGCACUAGUUUCUGCCUUCUGUCGCUACCCUGUUGACACUCAUAAGAAGUUUGAAUCUUUGACAUCAAUUUUAAUUGUUUUCCUCCAAAAGGACCCAUCCAUGCACAAAAGUAUAGCUGUUGCCUUGAAAGCUCUUGUGAGUCAAAAUAGAAGCGCACUCGGCUCAGGAUGCAAUGUGGUGGAAAUGACUAGCAAUGGGAAUAAAGAUUUGGUUUCAGAUUCCAGAAAUAUGGCCUCUUACUCAAUUAAGGUGGCAAACAGAAAUAUCAAGGCGUUGGCAUCACAUUCCCGUGAUCUGCUUCAGACUCUUAUUGAUGUAUUCAUUGAUUCACCUCCACAGAAGCGACUGCAUUUAAAGGAGGCCAUCGGAUGCUUAGCUUCUAUUGCCAAAUCAUCCGUUACCAAAAAGAUAUUUUUGUUGCUGCUUAAGAAGCUUAAGCUUGUCAAUACUGCUGGUGAGUUUGAGGAGCCUGCAAGUGAUACUGAUGAAUUGGUCAAUGAAGAGGAUAACACCCAAACUGACACAGAGAAGACAGAAAGGAGCGUAAUAAUGGACCUUGCAUCUUGCUUUGUUGAGGGAGCCAGCGAGGAGCUUAUCCAGUUGACUUAUAAGUUCAUCACUUACUUGUUGCAGGAAACCAACAUGUCUGGUCACUGUGAAGCCUAUUGCACCUUGAGUAAAAUCUUAGAGCAUCAUGGAUGGUUUUGUUCUUCACAAUCUGUGGAGCUGAUUGACUUAUUGGUUAAUUUGAAGCCACCUGUGGAUAUUAAAUCACUCAAGUAUCGAUUUAAUUGCUUUCACAUCCUCGUGGUUCACACUUUAGAGAAACUGGAACAAGAGGAGGAUAAUCCGAGGACAUUUCUUAUUCUAAAUGAAAUCAUUCUGACUUUGAAGGAUGGGAAAGAUGAAGCAAGGAAAGUUGCUUCAGAUGCACUCAUUGCAAUAAGUUCUCAGUUGAGGAAGUCAUCUCAAGUCAUUUCUGAUGAACUGUACCACAAACUGAUCAGCAUGAUACUUGGUUACCUGUCUGGCUCAUCUGCUCACAUAAAGAGUGGAGCUGUCUCUGCAUUGUCAGUUCUAGUGUACAACGAUGCAGAUAUUUGCUUAAACAUGACUGAUCUUGUGCCUUCCGUAUUGUCUUUGCUGCAAAAUAAAGAUCUUGAAGUGGCAAAAGCUGCCUUAGGGUUUAUGAAAGUAGUGGUGUCUUGCUUGGAGGCCAAGGAUCUGCAGGGCCUUGUAUCUGACAUUCUGAAUGAAGUUCUUCCUUGGUCAUCUGUUUCAAGAAAUCAUUUGAGAUCAAAGGUGACAAUCAUUCUGGAGAUAUUGUUGCGGAAGUGUAGUUCUGGUGUUGUUCAGUCAGUUACGCCAGAUAAGUAUAAGAGUUUCGUGAAGACUGUUUUGCAGAGUCGGCAUCAGAAGUCUGAUUCCCAGGGUUCCGGGGUGAAGGAUGACGAUACUAGGAUCGAAGGCUCGUCUUCCAAGGGGUCUGACAACGAAGCGGGAUUACCUGACAAAGGACCGAGACAGGGUUCAUCAGCGCACAAGGACAGAAAGAGGAAGUGGGAAAAUAAGAACGAAAACCAGAGGGCCGGGGAUGGUGGUGGAAGCAACAGAGAUAAGAGGCAGAGGCAGCAGCCGAAACAUGCCUUUGGUGGAGGCAAGCGAGGAGGUCCGGGGCCUCGACAACAACAACAACAACAACGUACGGGAAGAAAUAGCAGUGGUGGUGGUGGGAUGGGGAAGAGAGGAGGUUUUAAGCAAAAAGCGAACUAACUUGUGAUUCUGCGACUCGAUAAAGUUCUGCCGCGGAUGAGAUAAAGAAGAAAAAGCCUUCAUACCUGCCCUCUACAUCAGGAAAGAAUGGUGGAUUGAGAAGAGAUAGGUGUGUUUUAGAGUUGAGGUUAGAAUGAGAUCUGUUCUCCAGCAGCCACUGUGCAGUUGAAGAUUGAGAUGCAAAGAGCGAAGUUAGGGAAAGCUACAUAGAGCUUCUCAAUUUUGAUUGCUAUUCCAUUACUUAGCAAGGACCUCUAAGUUCUUGUACCAAAAUUUGAUAUUGUUUGUAAUUUUGGAAGAGAGUAAUCAUAUUUAUUCUUGUACCAUAUUGUGCU